CACCGGUUCCGAGCCACCUUAAAAGCGGGAGGCAAUUGUGAAGUUGCUGGCCAGUAAGUGGUGUGGAGACUACUGAGGGACAUACAGAGAGGGAAGAGAGGAAGAGAGACAAAGUGAGAGAGAAAAAAAUUUAUCCUGGGAUCCAGAAGUUCGUGUUAACCUGUGGACAAUCAAAUCCCUGGAAGUCUGCAAAGCCAAGAAGAAAAGAGAUAGGACGCCAGAAACUCCUCUCUCUCCCUCUCCACCUCUCUCUUCUAGUCCCCAAAUUCGUGGUCCCCUGUGCCCCAUUGUGGGGAUAAUAUGUUCUUCGCUCUCCUGUUAAAGGUGACUUGGAUCCUGGCUGCAGAUGGGGGUCACCACUGGACAUAUGAAGGCCCACAUGGUCAGGACCAUUGGCCAACCUCUUACCCUGAGUGUGGAGGCAAUGCCCAGUCCCCCAUCGAUAUCCAGACAGACAGUGUGAUAUUUGACCCCGAUCUGCCUGCUGUACAGCCCCAUGGAUAUGACCAUCUUGGUUCUGAGCCUUUGGAUCUACACAAUAAUGGCCAUACAGUGCAGCUCUCCCUGCCCCCAAGCCUGCACCUGAGUGGACUGCCUCGGAAAUACACAGCAGCCCAGCUCCACUUGCACUGGGGUCAGAAAGGAUCCCUAGAAGGAUCAGAACACCAGAUCAACAGUGAAGCCACGGUUGCAGAGCUCCACGUGGUCCAUUACGACUCGGAGUCCUACGGCAGCUUGAGUGAGGCUGCUCAGAAGCCUGAGGGCCUGGCUGUCCUAGGCAUCCUAAUUGAGGUGGGUGAGACUGAGAACCCGGCUUAUGAUCACAUUCUGAGUCAUCUGCAUGAAAUAAGACACAAAGAUCAGAAGACCUCCGUGCCUCCCUUCAGUGUGAGGGAGUUGUUCCCCCAACAGCUGGAGCAAUUCUUCCGAUACAAUGGCUCACUCACAACUCCCCCCUGCUACGAGAGUGUUGUCUGGACAGUCUUCAACAGAAGGGCCCAGAUUUCAAUGGGACAGUUAGAGACACUCCAGGGGACAUUGUCCUCUACAGAAGAGGACCCAUCUGAGCCCCUUGUACAGAACUACAGAGUCCCCCAGUCUCUCAACCAGAGGACCAUCUUUGCUUCUUUCAUCCAAGUGGGACCACUGUAUACCACAGGAGAGAUGCUGGGUCUAGGUGUGGGAAUCUUGGCUGGAUGUCUCUGCCUUCUGCUGGCUAUUUAUUUCAUUGCUCAAAAAAUUAGGAAGAAGAGGCUCGGAAACAGGAAAAGUGUGGUUUUCACCUCGGCUCGGGCUACCACGGAGGCAUGAACUGUGUCAAGACGCUGUGGCUGCCUUCUUCUCACGCUGUCAGGGAGCCUAAGAGGGUGCAGGCACUGGACCAGCAGGUGUAGGCAGACACAUGUCCUUCUAGACACCACCUCUCUAUGUAUAUAUACCAGAGAAGCAAGGACCCCAGCUCUUCUUCAAAGAAGGGUCGAGCCUUUGGCCCUUCAAAGCUGUAGAUCUGGAGAUCCCUGUUUUAAUGUUUGGUUAUGAAGAAGCUGAGGAUAAACUCUGCCAUCACCGUCAUGUUCCCUCCCCCAGAUACACAUUAUGGUUUUUUUCCCCUAGGAAAAAGGGCUGCUGCUGGGAUUUUAAUUAUUUUUUGUUCAAUAUAUGUUUGAAAAUUAAAAGUUUUUGACCUUAAUUCUGGACUGUCUUUUGUGGCUUUCAAGGGUGGGAGAGUUCCUCUGACCUUUGAGUGGCAGAGAUAGACAUAGAGAAAGAGAAAACAGGCGGGAGAGGGGGAUUAAUUAACUCCUUGUAUCCUGUUCCUGGACAUGGAGACCUACUUCUGGGAAGUUAACUCAACUUCCAUAAGUUACACCACCAACCGCUGCGUCUCUCAUCACACCAAUGGUGAAUACUAGGUAUUAGGCUAGGAAGGAUGGACCCAAGCUGGAAAUCUCAAUCCAUUAUCCCCUCUUAAAGCCAAGUUCCCCCACAAUUAUAAAGUCCUUUUUAUUAGUCAAAAUCACAAUCACCUUGAUUAAAAGGAUGGAAUAUCCCACCCUCAGCAGAAAAACAAUACAGUGAUAGAAAACCUCCCCAGCCCUCCCACACCCCAAUUAAAAACUAGAAAAGAUGUCUGCCCUCUUGGCCUGCGAUUCCAUGGUAGUAUGACUCCUCCAGGGCACUGCCAUGGAAUGGACCAACCCCCACAGCACCCUCCACUUCACCUUGGGGAAAGGAGGGGUACUGAUGGUCAUGGACAUUAAGAUAAGUUCCAGUGGUACCAGUUCCCAAACAUGCACUCCCUUCCUUUUCCCCAGGGCCUGGGACCAAAGGGGAAACAGGAUAGAAAUGACCACGGUCAGCAGAUUCAGGAGCAGAAACACCGCCUACAGAGGUUAAGGAGGCUCCCAGCACACCUCCUCCCUCUCCCCACUU